AUGUGCUAUGAACACUUGAGACAGUGGGUCAAAGACUUACAUUCAGCUAGAAGACCGUUACUACAUUCAGAGGAAGUACCUGUUCCAACAUAUCGUUCUACCCGCGAACCAUCGUGUGAAGAAAUUACUAAAGUGUCUAGCGAUAGUGAUAUUGAAGAGAUAGCGUCUUCAGAACCAAAACUUUUUACCCAAAAAGAAUUAAAUGAUUUAAUAAGGGAUCUUGGACUAUCUAAAGAAUCUGGAGGGGUUUUGGCUUCUAGAUUAAAAGAAAAAAAACUUGUUGGCGUCAGGUACGAAAGUGACGUUUUAUCGUACAAGAGAGCAAAACUGGCUACUAUUUUUUAA